AGCGGCGCUCGUGAAACGGCGCAAAUGGCAACCAUCGCCUUCUCAGCGGCUUGGGCUCUCUUAUUAUGGAUAUCACAUCAUCACACUGGCUCGAGCGCGCGGGUUUAUCCUCCUAAUGAAGUGACCUUACUGGACUCGAGAACAGUUCAGGGUGAGCUGAAAUGGGUUUCCAGUCCAACAGAAGGAGGGUGGGAAGAAGUGAGCAUCAUGGACGAGAAGAACACGCCCAUCCGGACGUACCAAGUGUGCAACGUGAUGGAACCCAACCAGAACAACUGGCUUCGGACAGACUGGAUUGCACGUGGAGCGGCCCAGCGAAUUUUUGUCGAGAUCAAGUUCACUCUGCGUGACUGCAACAGCUUGCCGGGCGUCAUGGGCACGUGCAAGGAGACGUUCAACCUUUACUACUAUGAAUCCAACAAUGACAAAGAGCGAUACAUCCGCGAGAACCAGUUCAUCAAGAUUGACACAAUUGCAGCUGACGAGAGCUUUACACAGGUGGACAUUGGAGACCGCAUUAUGAAGCUCAACACCGAGGUGCGGGAUGUGGGAGUCUUGACACGCAAAGGCUUCUACUUGGCCUUCCAGGAUGUUGGGGCGUGCAUCGCCUUGGUGUCUGUGCGGAUUUUUUACAAGAAGUGCCCACUUACAGUACGCAACCUUGCUCAGUUUCCAGACACGACCACGGGUGCGGAUACAUCGUCGCUGGUGGAGGUCCGUGGCUCAUGCGUGGACAACUCAGAGGAGCGCGAAGUACCCAAGAUGUAUUGUGGCGCUGAUGGAGAAUGGCUGGUGCCAAUCGGAAGCUGUCUGUGUAACCCAGGAUUUGAGGAACGAGGAGGAGCAUGCCAAGCCUGUAAGAUUGGCUACUACAGAGCGUUGGCCAGUGACUCCGGCUGCGCCAAAUGUCCUCCUCACAGCUACUCGGUGCGCGAAGGCUCCACGUCAUGUAUGUGUGACAAAGGAUACUUCCGAUCCGAGACGGACCCCGCAUCCAUGCCUUGUACCCAACCACCAUCCGCCCCACAGCACCUCAUCUCCAAUGUCAACGAGACAUCAGUGAACCUGGAGUGGUCGGCGCCGGCGUUUUCUGGCGGAAGACAGGAUCUUACUUACAAUGUCGUGUGUAAACGGUGCGGGCCGGACGGACAGCGGUGUGAGCCGUGUGGCGUUGGUGUCCAUUACAAGCCGCAGCAGCUCAGCUUACGGACCACGCGCGUCUCAAUCAACGAGCUGCAGGCACACACGAACUACACCUUCCAGGUGUGGGCUGUAAAUGGCGUGUCGCCGCAGAGCCCUGGGCCUGAUCAGGCCGCCUCGGUCACCGUCACCACCAACCAGGCUGCUCCCUCUCCAGUUACAUCCAUCCAGGCCAAGGACAUCACCCGGCACGGCGUGUCGCUGGCAUGGCAGCAGCCUGAGAGGCCCAACGGCGUCAUCCUGGAAUACGAGGUCAAGUACUAUGAGAAGGAUCAGAAUGAGCGCAGCUAUCGCAUCAUGAAGACAGCAUCCCGCAGCGCUGACAUUAAAGGCCUGAGUCCGCUCACCUCCUACGUCUUCCAUGUACGAGCCCGUACCGCAGCCGGCUAUGGAGAAUUCAGUGCUCCAUUCGAAUUCAUGACCAGCUCAGUUCCUUCCCCUAUCAUCGGUGACGGUGCAAACUCUACGGUCCUUCUGGUCUCCGUUAUCGGCAGCGUGGUUCUGCUGCUCAUCUUCAUCGCUGUCUUUGUCAUCGGACGCAGGAGAAGUAAAUACAGCAAAGCCAAGCAGGAUUCAGAUGAAGAGAAACAUCUACACCCAGGGGUGCGGAUCUAUGUGGACCCUUUCACAUACGAGGACCCCAACCAGGCCGUGCGCGAAUUCGCCAAAGAAAUCGACGCCUCCUGCAUUAAGAUCGAAAAGGUCAUUGGCAUCGGUGAGUUCGGCGAAGUGUGUAGUGGGCGCCUGAAGAUGCCAGGGAAACGAGAGAUCUGCGUGGCCAUCAAAACCCUCAAAGCCGGAUACACGGAGAAGCAAAGACGGGAUUUCCUGAGCGAGGCCAGCAUUAUGGGCCAAUUUGAUCACCCCAACAUCAUCCGCCUUGAGGGAGUCGUCACUAAAUGCAAACCUGUAAUGAUCAUCACCGAGUACAUGGAAAACGGCUCCCUUGAUGCCUUCCUGAGGAAAAAUGACGGCCGCUUCACGGUCAUCCAGCUGGUCGGUAUCCUACGAGGAAUUGCAUCAGGAAUGAAAUAUCUCUCUGACAUGAGCUACGUCCACCGUGACCUAGCUGCCAGGAACAUUCUAGUCAACAGCAACCUGGUGUGUAAAGUGUCUGAUUUUGGCAUGUCUCGGGUGCUGGAGGAAGAUCCAGAUGCAGCUUAUACAACACGAGAAAUAAUGGGAACCUAUCAAUCGCAGGGUGGAAAAAUCCCCAUUCGCUGGACAGCACCAGAGGCCAUCGCGUACAGGAAGUUCACCUCAGCCAGUGACGUGUGGAGUUACGGUGUCGUCAUGUGGGAGGUGAUGUCGUACGGCGAGCGGCCAUAUUGGGACAUGAGCAACCAGGAUGUCAUAAAAGCCAUUGAAGAGGGAUACAGGCUUCCCCCGCCAAUGGAUUGUCCCAUUUCUCUACACCAGCUGAUGCUGGAUUGCUGGCAAAAAGAGCGAUCCGAGAGACCCAAAUUUAGCCAGAUCGUCAAUAUGUUGGACAAAUUAAUCCGUAAUCCCAAUACGCUAAAGAGGACCGGAGGAGAAAUAGCAAGACCCAGCACCACCCUUCUAGAGCCUAACAGUCCAGAAUUUUCCUCUCCUCUUGGCACUGUGUCUGACUGGCUAACGGCCAUCAACAUGGAGCGUUACCGUGACAACUUCACCGCCGCCGGCUACACCACCCCAGAGGCGGUAGUGCACAUGACUCAAGAAGACAUGACAAGGAUAGGCAUCUCGUCGACUGCACACCAGGACAAGAUCCUCAGCAGUGCGCAGGGAAUGCUGUCCCAGAUGCAGCAGAUACAGGACAGGAUGGUUCCAGUCUGAUUGGAAACUCUUAUAACACUUCUUCUUGUUCUUCUUUUCCCCCCCUUGUUUUUGUUUUGUUUUUAGACAGAAAAAAAAAUCCAUUUUUACCUCAUCCUCAUUUACGCACUUUAAACAAUUCGAAUCGAAGACAAAAAAUAAAACAAGAACAAGGACAGAUGGCUAGCGGCACUUUUUUUCUUGGAUCACCUUUCGAUCGAACGAAGGAUUUGUUCCUUUACGUGGUGUUGUGAAACUAUGUUCUUCAGUCGUGCAUUUUGCUACACAAUGGAACUUUGAGGGCAUGCUCUUUUUCCCCCUGCCCCAUCCCUUCACCUUGGUUUUUUUUUUUUUGUGAGUGAGUGUGUGUGUGUGUGUGUGUGUGUGUAUGUAUGUAAAUGUAAAUAAGUAGAACUUUUUGGAUUCGUUCCACUUUGUCGUUUCAUCUUUCAGUCCACCUGAAAACUGUGGCUUUAAAAUAAAAAAGGAGACAUUCUGAAGCUCUUUAUUUUUUUUCUGGGAUUUCUGGCUCCAUGUGAAGGCUUCUCCGCCCCUUUGAAAUGGAAUAUCUGUCUCCACUUGGCUGGCAACUCAUGCGCGCCGAUGGAUUAGAGAACACUGCUCUGAGUUGAGAUCUCUCUCGUGUCUUUUUCUCUCCAGCUUGAUCUCUAUGGGUUUUUUUUUUUCACUUUCUCAACCCAGGCAGGCUGUGAAAUUCCCACUCACUGGAAGCUGGAUGGAACUAAGGGUCACCUCGGCGUUUCUGCAUUGUUUGCGACAUCCUUCACCACCUUAGAGAAUGCAAAAAGGUGUUGGUUUUUUUUUACAACUCUCUUCAAGAUUCCUCUCGAUGCAGAAAAUCUUCCAGACACAAAUAAUAACAAGCUGAGAAGAGGCUGUGGAUAAUUUGCACAUCCCCCAAGAGCUUUGUUUUGUCUGCAUUUCUACAUGUCCUAGCACCUGAAUGUAUGCUAGCAACAGAACACAUGCUAGCUGAUUAGCUGGAUGCAAUCUACAGAUUCGUGUGGUAUUUUUUUCUCUGAAGGAUCACGCUUGCUUUGAGGAACACACAAAAACACACACUUGAAGAAAGAGAGUACGCUGACAGUUGCUGGAAAAUAAAACACAACCAUUUGCUAGCUUUUUGUUUGUUUGUUUGUGGCUCUCUCUCUCUCCCUUUGGAAACCAUGCUAAUUUUAAUUUCUUUAGCCAUGAGGAAGUCACUGGAGUCUUUUGAAAAAUGCUUCUGGACUCACGAAUUCAGAAGAUGCCAAGCUAAGUUCAGACUCAGAAGAUUAGCAGCAAGCGCUAAUACUUCAGUUACUUCCCAGUUAGCUCUGGGAACUGGAAUAUGGACAUGUAAACCUUAAACUUACUGCAGGAAUUAUUAUUAUUAUUAUUAUUAUUUUAUUUUAUUUUUUUAAGAGGGAAAACUUGACCAUUUACAUUUCAUGAAAGCUAACAAUCUUGUUUGUCGCUGUAUUUAACACAUAUUCCCGUUCAGAACCGGAAACUUUUUUUUUUGGUCUUGUUUUUUUUCCCCCCCUUCACACUUUUCAGUUUGAGCACCUGAUUGGAAAUAUGCAAGGAAUACAGAGGAGUUGGAGAGCUAUAGAAUGUAUUGUGGCAAGUUUCUUAAAUGUAGUUUAAGUCUGAGGAAUUCGGAUCAAACUAACAAAUCUUUUUUUUUUUCAUGUUUAUUUUUGCUCAGUUAAUCUAGUUGUGUAGAUUAACAAUGUGCUCAUUUGCAACUAUCGAUAUAAUGUCAUUGUUUUCUUUCUUUUUUAAAAAUGAA